AUGAAAAAGCGAGGUAUAGUCAAGGAAAGAGUUAUUUCUGAAGACAUUGAUAUUGGGGAGCAUCUAUCAGAAUACAGAUGCUUUGGUGUGCUAUUUUCUGCUCAUUGGUGUCCACCUUGUAAAGGUUUAUUAAUGAAUUUAAAAACUUUUUACAAUGAGAUUAAUACCAAGAGAUAUAUUAAAAAUAAAGAGGUUUUGGAAGAUGAUGAUAUACCUAGAGAUUUGAUAGCAAUGUAUAAGAAUUUUGAGAUUAUAUAUAUUUCAAUGGAUAAUUCAAAGGAUUAGUUUAAAGAGCAUUUUAUAGAUAUUGGGAAUUGGAUGGCAAUACCAUUCGGUGAUCCCAGAGUAUAAGUACUUAAAUAGAAAUAUGAAGUUGUUGCAAUCCCUUAGCUUGUUAUAUUUGAUAGCAAAAGUUCAAAACCAAUUAGAAUGAAUGCGAGGAAUGAGGUUUUCAUGAGAGGAACAGAAGUGUUUCCAGAAUGGUUAUAAAAAUGCUCUACAUGA